AUGUACUUGCUCGCUCUACCAAAACUGGCCAAGAUGCUGCUUCUUCUGCUCUUCCUCCUUGCAUUCUUCCUUUCUCCUAUCAAUUCCUCAGAUCUAGCCGGUGAUAGAGAAGCCCUUUUGGCCCUACGCGCCGCUGUUGGGGGCCGCACUUUUUUUUGGAAUGUGAAUUCAUCUACGCCGUGCAAUUGGCAGGGUGUUCUGUGUGAGAACAACCGUGUUAGCGCCCUCCGCCUUCCAGCUUCAUCCCUUUCCGGUACCAUUCCGCCGAAUACAGUCUCUAAUCUUACUCUGUUAAGGACCCUUAGUCUCCGCUUUAACCAUUUAUCUGGUCCUCUACCUUCCGAUAUCUCCCAACUCUCUCAGCUACGAAAUUUGUAUCUUCAGGGAAACCGGUUUUCAGGGUCGUUACCGGAUUUCCUGUUUUCUGUUCAUUCCCUAGUGCGGUUGAAUCUCGCUCAGAACAAUUUUUCUGGUGAAAUCCCUUCUGGGUUUAACAAUUUGACCCGUUUGCGCACUCUUUAUUUGGAAAAUAAUGGGUUCACCGGUGUUCUGCCGGACAUUGAGCUGUCGAGUCUUCAACAGUUUAAUAUCUCUUUCAACAGUUUAAAUGGGUCCGUGCCCAAAGGACUUGUGGGCAUGCCUGAUAAUGCUUUCUUGGGAAAUUCGCUCUGUGGGAAGCCUCUUGAAAAUGCUUGUGAGGUCAAUGGGGAAACACCGCCUGCGACAGCUGGGAACGAUGGAAAUAUAACUGGGGUGGAUAGUUUAGGGAAAAGUAAGCAAAAUAAGUUGUCUGGUGGUGCAAUUGCAGGGAUUGUAAUUGGAUCUAUUGUGGGAUUUAUUUUAUUAUUGUUGUUGCUAUUUAUUUUCUGUAGGAAGAGAAGUGGAAACAAGACGAGGUCCGUCGAUGUGACAGCAAUUAAGAAUCAAGAAGCCAGGAUAGGCGAAAAGCCACUCGUGGAGCCGGAGAAUGGCAGUACGAGUAACGAAUUUUCGGUGGCAGCAGCAGCUGCAGCUGCAUUGACAGCGAAUGGGAAUGCAAAGGGGGAAAUUGGUGGUGUUGCAAGUGAGGAAACCAAGAAAUUGGCGUUCUUCGGUAACUUGUCGCAGGUUUUUAAUUUGGAGGAAUUGUUGAGGGCAUCUGCCGAGGUUCUGGGGAAGGGUACGUUUGGGACGACUUAUAAGGCGGUUUUGGAAGUGGGAACUGUGGUUGCUGUGAAGAGGUUGAGGGAUGUGAGCAUUUCGGAUAGGCAAUUCAGGGAGAAAAUUGAAGGGGUUGGGACCAUGGAUCAUCAGAAUUUGGUGCCUCUUAGGGCUUAUCAUUAUAGCCGGGAGGAAAAGCUUCUUGUGUAUGAUUAUAUGCCAAUGGGAAGCUUGUCUGCACUUCUGCAUGGUAACAAAGGAGGUGGUAGAACUCCAUUAAAUUGGGAACUGAGGUCUCGGAUUGCACUUGGAGCUGCACUUGGUGUUGAAUAUCUGCAUUCUCAAGGUCCGAAUGUCACCCAUGGAAAUAUCAAAUCGUCUAAUAUCCUUCUCACACAGUCCUACGAGCCACGAGUCUCAGAUUUUGGAUUAAACCAACUGGUUGGAGUCCCACCCUCUCCCACCCGAGUUGCUGGCUAUCGCGCGCCAGAAGUGACAGAUCCUCGCCAAGUUUCCCAGAAAGCUGAUGUUUAUAGCUUUGGAGUAUUGCUUUUGGAGCUUCUUACGGGGAAGGCACCAUCUCAUGCCCUCUUGAACGAGGAAGGAGUUGACCUGCCAAGAUGGGUUCAGUCAGUAGUUCGUGAGGAGUGGACUUCUGAAGUUUUCGAUCUCCAGCUCCUCCGGCACCAGAAUGUCGAGGAGGAAAUGGUGCAGCUAUUGCAGCUCGCCAUCGAUUGCACAGCUCAGCACCCGGACACACGGCCUUCGAUUAAGGAAGUCGCUAUCCAGAUCGAAGAUCUUCGGCGUUCAAGCUCGCAUGGUGAUCAUGAGCAACCUGAUGUUGUCAGUGAACCGUAUUAA